AUGCGUUUUCUCGCUAUCAUCGCCGCCGUCAGCGCUGCUGCCGGCUCUGCUCUGGCUGCUUCCAGUGGAGACUGCGCCAGCGGCACUUCACCUCACUGCUGCAAGUCGGUCGACAACGGGACUGAGACGCACAGCUCUGGAUUGUUGGGACUCCUUGACCUGGGCGAAAUCACUGACUUGAUCGGACAGGGCUGCGCCCCGCUUCUCGACCUGGCCAGCUGCGCCUUGGUUCCUGCCUGUUGCAGUGAAAACACGCAGGGGUUGCCCUCUUCCACCAUGUCCGCCCCAAUCCUCGCCUCCCACCCAACUCUCCAAGUGACUCCCGAACCUCUAACGCCAGAAUCCUUCUCCCCCUUCGGCACAGCUAUUUCCUGUCCGAUUCCUCGAGAUGUCGCCUCGAUCCCCCCUCUGCAUACUCUUUCAACGCAAAAUCCAGCUCCCGUCGUGGCGAACCAAUCCACUGCCUUGAAGUACAGCCCCGUCUCCCCGCUCCUCGACCAUUAUGCCGGCUCAUGUGCGAGCGGGAAACCCUCCGAGGCGCGUAUGAGCAUGUUUGUCUGCUUUCCUCGUAAGCUGCGUGCCGUGAAGUCGUCACAGAACGCCAACCAUGCAGCCGAGAUCUUCGACGUGCGGAUCCUCGAACGUCACCCCUUCACCACCCAGACCUUCAUACCCCUCGACCUAUCUAGUCAAUCCUACGCAGGAUGGAGUGAGGAACCUUUAUUUCUAGUGAUCGUGGCGCCAACGCGCAAGGGAGAGACCGCAACAGCUACCGACGCAGAGGGCAGAUCGGUUACAAUCCGCGAUCCGCCGGAUCUGCAGAAUCUAAGGGCGUUUAUUGCCAGGGGUGGCCAGGCGGUGACCUACGGGGCGGGGACGUGGCAUGCACCCAUGGUGGUUCUUGGGAAGAGACGGGUCGAGUUUGUGGUGGUGCAGUUCCUGAACGGGGUGGACGACGAGGACUGCCAGUUGGCGGCGUUUGGGGAGGGGAUUACCGUCACUCUGGGGAGGAGGGCAGAGAACUCGGCCAAGCUAUAG